AUGUACGCGAACAAAAAAAAGAAAAAGAGUAAAACAACUGAUAAACACAUCUUUGUGCUGUUAACCAUGUCUAGAGACGGAACGUUUUCAUAUAUCCAUUUGGAUGAUCCCAAUAAAGUGCUUUAUAUUGAGAGAUGGAAGGAUGAUCCCAUAACCUACGAUGAUAUAGAAACCAACAACUUGGUAGAAGCUGCAGUAAACGUAUAUCCCCAAUUGUUUGCCGAGGAAGAAGAAGACGACGGCAUCCUAAACUUCCCAUCUCAACAAUUUGGAUCGAAACUAUAUAAGAAUAGACGAUCAAUAAAACAAAAGCGGUGGAUGGACUUGAAUAUUGAAAGUUUCAAACUGGAUAACAAGAAUGUGGUGGAUAAAACUUUAGUUCCGCCGGUUGCUGGGGAUCCUGAUUUGGCAGAAUUUCUAAGUAAUGGAUACAACAAGGAAGAGUUUCUGAUACUACAAUUAUCACCAGGAAAUAAUACAGUCUAUCACAACAGUGAUAUGUCUUUGAAUUCUACGUCUGAUUAUGUUGGAAACUCAAACAACACUUUUAUUAAUAUGAGAUCAAAUUCUACAAGUCAACAACAACAACAACAACAACAACAGCUGCUGCUGCUGCAGUUUCAAACCCCUAGACCCGGAAGAGUAAGACAAGUAUCUACAGAUAAGUUCCAAACUCCUGUGAGCAGAAUAAUGAGGUGA